UGGCCCCAAGCAACAUAUAAGGAACAAAAGCACCUCAUAGGCAGCUAGCUGUACACUACUAUAAUAUUCUGCGGAUCCCUUUCAGACACGAAAAGAAAAAGCAAAAGCAAAAAUCCAAAUAUACACUCCACAACACAGAACAAACUUGCAUUUAAACCUAAGAUAACACUUCUCCCCUUGCCUCCCUUCGAAGCCUGGUCCACAACCUAAAGAGGCCAGCAAGAGUCGCACAGAAUCCACCCACCUCGCACGAGAUGGCCUCCCUGAUCUGGCUUCUUCAUGGCCUCCUUGCAGUCAUUUGCUCGAACACGAGGCCGGCCCUGGCGAUGCCGCCGGCUCCACCCGUCAAAUGCAACGCGACGGGCUGCCUGCUCUCCAACGCCUACGGCGCCUGGGGUGACCGGAAGGACUGCUGGGUCCAGACUGUCGCCUACCCGACGACCGAAGACGAGCUCCGGUCCGCGGUAGCUCGGGCCAGUCAGAGGAACCAAAAGGUGAAGGUGGCAAGCGGAUUCUCCCACACCAUUCCCAAGUUGGCCUGUCCUCCGUCGGAGAAUUCGACGCUUAUAAGCACGGCCAAGUACAGCACGGGGAUCGAGGUGGACGUUGAGAAGAUGACGGUCACGGUGGAUGCCGGAGUAGCGCUGAGGGAUUUGAUCGAUAAGGUGGAGGCGGCGGGGGUGAGCCUCGUGGCGGCGCCGUACUGGGAGGGGGUGAGCGUCGGCGGGGUGGUGAGCACGGGAUCGCACGGGAGCUCGUGGUGGGGGAAGGGCGGGGCGGUGCACGACCACGUGGUGGGGCUCAGCCUGGUGGUGCCGGCCGGGAGAUCGGAAGGGUAUGCCAAGAUCGUCAGAUUGGAGCAUGGAGAUCCACUUUUUAACGCGGCCAGGGUGUCACUGGGACUGCUGGGAGUCAUCUCCAAGGUGACUCUCUCACUAGAACGUAGAUUCAAAAGAAGUGUAAGUUAUUCUUAUGAAGAUGACAGUCGCUUUGAAGAUGAAUUCCUUGAUCUUGCUCAGAAGCAUGAGUUUGCAGACAUCACCUGGUAUCCAUCACAGCAUAAAGCAGUCUAUAGAUAUGAUGAUCGAGUUCCCUUAAACAGCUCUGGUGAUGGUGCUAAUGACUUCCUUGGGUUUCAGUCAAACCUCAUUGCGGUUUCCAGUACAGUUAGAGCGACAGAAAAGGCACUAGAGAAAGCCAGGAAUGUCAAUGGAAAGUGCACCCUGGCAGCUACAGAAGUGGGAUUCAAGAAAUUAGUGGGCAAUGGCUUGAAGAACAAUGUAAUUUUCACCGGCUACCCAGUUGUGGGUUAUCAGGGUAAGAUGCAGACUUCAGGUUCCUGUCUACACUCACCAUCAUCUAACAUCUUAAGCUCGUGUGCAUGGGAUCCAAGAAUCAAAGGACUGUUUUUCUACGAGACUACAGCCAUCUUUCCUGCUCCAAAAUUCAGAGACUUCAUUCUUGAUGUCAAGAAGCUAAGAGACCUAAAGCCAGAGAAUUUCUGUGGUAUUGAUAUCUACAAUGGAUUUUUAAUUCGCUUUAUUAAGAGUUCAGAAGCAUACCUUGGACAAUCUGAGGAUUCUGUUGUUGUGGAUUUCAACUAUUACAGAGCUGAUGAGCCUUCAAUACCUAGGCUCAAUCAGGAUAUUUGGGAGGAGGUGGAGCAAAUGGCGUUCUUCAAGUAUGGAGCGAAGCCUCACUGGGCCAAGAACAGGAAGCUUGCUUUUACAGGAGUGCAACAAAAGUACCCUAAAAUGAGCAAGUUUCUUUUGGCAAAGAGGCAACUAGAUCCUCAAGAUAUAUUUGAUAGUCAGUGGUCAGAUGAGAUACUCCUUGGGAAAGAAUCGGCCAAAGAUGAUGGGUGUGCCUUGGAAGGACAGUGCAUCUGCUCAGAAGAUAGGCAUUGCAGUCCAGCAAAAGGAUACUUGUGCAAGCCAGGUCUUGUUUACAACAAAGCUAUGGUUUGCAGAUAUACAGAAUCUUCGGCACAGUGAUGAUGUCUGAUGAGAAUUCUCAAAUUGUUUUCCACAGCCUAUGGCAGUAACAACCAGAUAUUGUAACCAAUAUAAUUAGCAAAAACAGCCAUAUUUUUAGGCAAAGGUCAGAUCAGUA